ACACAUACUGAUAUACAAUAACGCACGGACACGCGUGCACACUCACACACACAAACACACAUGCAUAUACACACAUACAAACGUGCACAUACACGUACACACACGCACACGCACAUACACAUACAUGCACAUAGACGCACAUAUGUGCCGUAAAAAGAUCAGAAGUUUGAAAGUGAAGUAAAGUAAAGAAAAAAAAAAUGCGUUGAAACUCCUUAAAGAAAAUGUUUAAAACAAAAGAAUUAAACCGGACACAACACUAGAGUUUUCUACGAUGGACGGCCAACGACAACAACAACAACAGCAACAAUGAAGAAUAAUAACAACAGCAAAAACAACGAGAACAACAGUUGUGGAUAAUAAUAAUAAGCAGCAGCAGCAGGUGCAACAGCAGCCGCACAACUAAGGCUAAGAAGGAGGAUCAACAUGGCGGCGAUGGCGACGAUAAAGGCGGUAAAGCUGAUUGGGAUGAAGGUGAAAAGACGAUGGUAUCUGCUGCUAUUAUGAUGAUGAUAAUGUAGAUGUUGAUGGUGGUGAUGACAGUGACGAUGGUAGUGGCGCUAGUCUCGCCAGAGGAAGCAACGGCGGUGGAGGCAGAGGCAGAGGUGGUGGUGGUGGCGGCGGUUGAGGUGACGAUGAAACGGUGACGAGGAGGUGCAGAUACUUUUGUUUUUGUUCUUUUUUUUUCCACCAAAAAAAAAAAAAAGAACCUCCAAUGUUUCACACACAUAACGUCAACAAGAUUCUGUGUGAAGGAGUUUACCAUCGGAAGCUAAGGAAGUAUUAAUGUGCACACACACACACACAUACACACACAUACAUAUACUCACACACAUAUAUAUAUAUAUAUAUAUAUAUAUAUAUAUAUAUAUAUAUAUUUACACACACGUAGCAAAACGAAUCUAUGAAAUAUUUAAUACAUAUCGCAUGAUAAUGUUGUUUGUAUUUAUAUGUAUGUGAUGUUAUACUGACGAAUAUACUUAUUAUACUCUACAUAUACAAACACGACUAUACAUACAUAAAUACAUAUAAAUUACAUAAUAUGUAUCUGUAGUAUAUGUUAUAGUAUGCGUACUACAUUUUGUUAUCUUAUAUAAUAUUAUAUAUAUAUGUAUGUAUGUAUGUACGUAUGUAUACAUGUAUGUAUAUGUUUGACUAUAGUCAUAUAAACACACAUAUGAAUAUUGCAAGGCCCCAAACAAUAACGAAACACACACAUAAACAAUAACGAUACACGCACACACACACAUACACACACACAUACACACACUCACACAGAUAAAUUCCCAUCGUUUCUUUUUUUAUAAUAUGUUUAAAUUACUCACCUGUUCAACAAAUUAUAUAAAAGCACAACUUUUCUACAUAUCGAACGCACGCACACACACGUUGACGUAUCGCUGUGCUGACGUAGACCCGUUCAAGCACAUACGUAGUUCAUAUACACACAGACACACACGGAGACGCACACACGCACACACGUAUAUGCGCUGUCGCCGCCACCGCAACGUAACGCACAUCCUCACACGUGCGUAAUAAACCACAUACGGGGCAACGGCUGCUCAAACUCACAUCUACUACAGUCGCCUAUCCUUGCACACAGACACAGAGAUAAACAAUCGGACACACACACACAUAUUCACAUAUACUCACGCACAUUCUCUCACUGACAAAUCCACAUUGAUGCCGGCAUAAAAUGGAAGAAUUCCAAGAUUGGUUAAGUUCUCGAAGAGGUGGGACCGAGAAGUCGGUUUACGUUGGCUACUUGCAGUGUUGUGAAGUCUAAAUCAUAGCUAAGUGUUACGUGAUGAAGUUUGGCAUAUCACUACAAUAGCAAACGGUACAAUGAGAUCAGUGUGACAGUAAGAGUGGGGCUGGCACCAACUUUUUCAACUGUAUGCGUGUGUAUGUGUGCGUGUAGUGUGCGUGUGUGUGUGAGUGAGUGUGUGUAUGUAUGAGUGCUUACCAGUCUGGUCCUGUUCGGUCGAUCGGUCACAAUACAUAUUUCUCAACACAACAUCUCUUGUUUAUUUAAUUUUGUUUUAUAAUUUUAUGUUACUUGUGAUUAUUCAUAUCUUAAAAAAAGAAAAAAAACUUAAGAAUUUUUCUUCCUUUACAACAUAAAUUAUAACAGCCGAAAGAUACACAAAAUUAUAAAGAAACAAAAAAAAAAGAUUAAAAACACAAAACACAUAAACAAAUUUAAACAAAAAAUCACAAAUAUAUUUUUUCCAUUUCUUUUUUAUUUCGAAGUAAUGUUGUUAAAUGCAACGGUGAAUAUAUCUGUCUUUUUUGACAGUGACCAGAAUGUCGAGGAUUAUUAUUAUUAUUCAAACUUUCUGGAUUCCAAUGAUACAACUGAGAACAUCAUUUUAAACACCAAUAACAACAUCAAUAGCAACAUUAAUAACAACAAUAUCAACUCUCCAGAGGAAACUAAUCAUUCUAACACGACCAAAACAAUUAUUAUUGGACUUUUAUUAUCAAUUGUGAUUCUCGUUUCGGUUGUUGGAAAUAGUUUGGUAUGUGCAGCCGUGUUCAAAGUGAAACAGAUGCGGAAAAUCGGAAAUUUUUACCUCGUAUCUCUUGCCAUAGCGGACCUUUUGGUGUCUUUGUUGGUGAUGACAUUUGCUCUGGCCAACGAUAUCAUGGGGGAAUGGGUGUUUGGACGGCCUUUUUGCAACGUUUGGAUAUCUCUAGAUGUGAUGUGUUCGACAGCUUCCAUAUUGAAUCUUUGUGCAAUCAGUUUGGACAGAUACAUUCACAUACGUGACCCUUUACAUUAUGAAAACUGGAUGACAAAGAAACGGACAGCAAUCAUUAUAAGCAUCGUAUGGGUUUGUUCGUUUCUCAUCUCCUUCUUACCAAUCCAUCUCGGUUGGCACAGCCCGGAAGCUGCUUCGACUCAACUGACAGGCUGUGACCUCGACAUCAACCCCAUCUAUGCUGUGAUUUCCUCCACCAUCAGUUUCAUCAUCCCCUGUAUAGUCAUGUUGUCAAUCUAUUGUAAAUUAUACAGUACGGCUCAGCAACACGUCAGGAACAUACGACGAACGUACGCCUGUGAGAGGUACGACGGCUCUUUAUCCGACCACAAAGCCGCGAUUACGUUAGGGAUCAUAAUGGGUGUCUUUCUAUUGUGUUGGACCCCAUUUUUCGUAGUGAACCUAACUUCUGCAGCAUGCAAGACUUGUAUCCCUCCAUUGGCCUUUAAGAUUCUUACCUGGCUCGGCUACGCCAAUUCUUCCCUAAAUCCUAUCAUUUAUAGCAUAUUCAACACGGACUUUCGGGAAGCUUUCCGUCGAGUGAUUUUACCUAAUUCUUAUACAUCCAACGACGAUGGUUACACGUACGCACCAAACAACAAAGAGGUGACAGUCUCCACAAAUUCUUCGUCGAAAACAAUCACACAGAAUGGUAGUCGAAAGGACAGCAAAACCCGCCUUAUUUCAGAGCAGGUGACAAUAUUGUGAAUUCAUUCACAACUUAUCUUAUGUUUAUACGUCUGUCAAUAUUUAUGUGUGUUCGUCUCUGCUUUGUCAAUAAACAUUUGGUCCAAAGUAAAGCGUAAACCCCGAAAAAUAAUCAGAAGACUAUUAAAGGGCGCAUGUAUGUGAUGUCUUUGUGAUUGUAUUCGUAUGUGUGUGCAUAUAGAUAUAUACCUAUGUAUAUGUGUACAUAUAAAUAUAUAUGUCUAUGCGUAUGUAUAUGUAUGUAUGUGUGUAAAUAUAUUUGUAUAUAUAUAUGUAUGCA